AUGAGUCUUCGCUUCCGAAGCAGCGCCAAUGUCUUGAAGUGCUGCAGCUGGAGCAAUAUGGAUGGAAGAAAUGCUUACCAUCGCGCAGUGCCGAGCUGGUGGUCGCGUCUGAGUGCGGAGCUGAGGUUAAUUCGACGCGAACCAGCCACCAGGGUUUUGGGCCAUCACUGUAUUACGGUGAUCUUCCAUCCACAUCCACAUCCAUCGAUCUACACAUGCCAAACGGAAUUGGCAACGGUGCGACAUGUCUGCCAUAGCCGUGAUGCUGCAGGAAACGGGAGGUUGACUGUCAACGUGGGACCACCGACCACCGACCACCGACCACCGACUCCCGAGGCAUACAUCAUGCUGUGUAGCGAGAGGCGCUUCACCUCUCACUUCGACAUGUCCUCUCUGGCACCGAUUGCGCGCAUCUACUCACCUGUAGUGUCUCGCACUAAUACGCCAGUCCAUUGCAUUCAUUCAUUUGCCGACGACUCGCCAUACGUUCACCAUCUGCCGCUUACAUCGCGCGAACCAGUACGAGCAGGUCUUCCUCCCUCUCUGGAAGCUACUUCGACGUUGUACUUCAUUAAGCGCGUCUGGCUUCAAUUGAGCGGUAUGGAUGCUGGAUGCUGGCAAAGAUGGGCACGACUUCAUCGACCAAGUUUGCGCCUGAGCAUCUUCUGGCCCAUUGCAACUCUGCAGUGUGGUGCCACGAGUACUCGCAACGGUCCAUGUACAGGCUUCGAUGAUGAUGAGGGUGCUGAGCCUGAUAUUGAGGGAACUCGACAUGGCGGUGGCAUGAUCGGGAUUCGGGAAACGAGAUUUCACAACCCGGCCCGAUCCCAUUUCUUCCGUACAGUACCUGCUCCUCCGACAUGGUGCCAUGUGAUUGUCCUCUCUCCAACCCUGCAACAGAGCAUGCAUGAGAAUGAAUCAAAUGAUAAUAUUACCUGGCACCUGGCACUGCUAUGUGAACCAAAAUCCAACCACAUCGCUACCACAUCGAGACAUUGCACCCGGUCACAAAUGUAUCCGCAGACAUGCUCACUACUGAUCAAGGCUUACUUUGCUCGCGCCCGGCUCGUACAGACUCUGUCCGCAUCGGACGCUGCUCAGAAUCGACGGUCCGCGUUUAACUCUGUACACGUCGUUGGUCUGAGUGAGCACCAGGAUUCGCUGUAUUACACUACCGAAGCAACCAUCUUCCAGGAUCGAAAUUCACCUUAUGCGCCUUUGACGGGGUCUGCUCCGACAACAUGGGGCCCAUACCUUGCUGACAUUCAUCAUCUCUAUACCACUCGGACGUUGCUUGUCACCGAUCCGUAUCUGCUGCGGAUAGGCAGAUUCGACCUCAUUAGGACAUCACCCUUGGCCAACGACAUUCUUCCGGCCAUCUCCGACCAGUUUCCUCUCAUACCACUCCUGCAAUCCAGUGUCUGGACCAGCAUAUAUGAGUGUCUUGAUGCAGUGGGGGCAUAUUGCCUCUUCCUAAGCGAUGUCAGCAGCCUUGCUCACAUGUCUCUGAUGCACUGUGAAUCGCAAUGCCUCGCUUCAUGCAAGCACACUCAACGCUUUGGUAGACAUUCGCACUUUGCUUCUCCAAGCUCCAAGAUAUCAUUUCUUUUUCCAUGCAUAAACUACCAAGUCGUCCGUCACUACCAGUCAUGCGUCUUGACCUCAAGAACCAUCAUGGCCUCCAUUAUCGAUCGGAUAGAGCAGAAAAAUUGCAGUACAUGCAUUCGUGUCAAGCGUCUCGAUGGAAUGAACGAUCACCGCUGUUCAGCCCACCCUACGAAGGAUCCACGCAAACACCUCAAAAUUUCGCAGUUCGGACAGACCAAAAUGAACUUCCACGAGCAAAUCAGAAUCGAGACACACUCUCGACGAUUGGUAAAGGCUGCAGCCGUGUAUUUGCCACGGCAUCCUGCUGGUCAACGCGAGAUGGUUCUCGACCUCGAUCAGACACAGGACGAGCUCAUCAGCACAGACGAUGCCUUGAGAAAUAGGUACCUUCAUUCGAUCAUUCGCUAUCAUCUCCUCAUCAAUCAAUCCAUCAUCAGUCAUACGCCCAUACCCAAGUCCCCAACGCCACGCUCAAAAACAAAAUUCCAUCGACAUCAUGCCAUCCUCGUCAGCUGCUCCAAGUAUUUCCCGUGA